UGUCACGCGUUUAGCAAGUCAGACGCAGUCGACCUCACAGUCGCGUUGUUCUACCGUGGAAGUGUGGUAAUCUCCUUGCUUUCGAGCUCGUCCAGUCUCUUCCAGUGCAUCAACCCAGUCAAACGUUUGGCGUCGGUGAUUGGAUGUUUCAAGUCACUAUGAAUCAACAGAUUUUUGUCGCGGUCAUUCUGGUGGCAGUUUACUGUCUACACGUUGGGAAAACGCAAUGCGUACUGGAAAAUCGAGUGUAUCAAGAGGGAGAUACUAUCACGCCUGCAGAAUGCACUCUGUGCAAUUGUACUAACACUCAGUUCUCUUGCCGACAAGUCGAAAACUGCGCUGUAGAUCCACCACCAACUAAACCAGCACCUGUGCGUGUGCCAGAAGAGCCAAUCGAAGGUUGUGAAGAACCAAUUAUUACCGAGUCUUACAACGUAGUCAGGUACACAGUAGGAAGAGAUACCGGUGACGUCAGGUUGAUAUGCAAGGCUCGAGGGUUUCCAAGACCAAAUAUCACUUGGACACCAUUAGGAGCCCCUCGCAGAUUCAGAACCAAAGGCAGCGGAAUACUCAUCAUCAAAAACCCCGUUCCAGGAGACAGCAGAACUUACACUUGUACAGCUACAAAUGAGUGUGGCAACGAAGCAGUCAACACAACAGUUAUUGUUGAUGAAGAAGAACCAGUCGUCGGUGCUAUCGCCCAGCCACUUGUGUUUUGUCCCCCAUUUCAAAGUUUUCCUAAUGGUGAUGUGGACUAUAACAAUGAAAAUAGGACAGUUGGUACACAUGCUGAGUUUUAUUGUGAUCUGGAAUAUGAACUGACUGGUUCACCAAAAGCUGUCUGUCUUGCUAACGGAGAAUGGAACGUAACAACACCAGAGUGUCUACCUGUGCGGGAAUGUCCUCAACCUAAGAAUCCAAACAAUGGUAAAGUGCUGUACCGACGGCCCAUUUAUAGGCCUGGAAAUAGAGUCAGUUAUGAGUGCAACAAGGGAUACAGCAACACUGGGGCAUCUUUUCAAACUUGCGAAGAGAACCUCAAAUGGUCUAAGGAGGGACCGAAAUGUCGCCGGAAGAUAGGUCGUCUAGCAAGUUGUGGUGAUCCUGGAGAUAUUGAAAACGGAUACAGGCGUGGAAAGAGUUAUACUGGAGGUUCAAUUGUUUACUAUUACUGUAACCAAGGAUAUUAUAUCUCUGGAAGAUCCUAUAUUACUUGUGGAAAGAAUGGACUGUGGUCAUAUUCACCACCAACAUGUGAAAUUGAAUUUGAGCCUUUGGAAGAAAUUGAAAAGAAGUUUAGGAAGGCAGCGAAUCUAGACGGCGAUGAUGAUUUGCCUGUCGACCCAUUGGGUUCGGGUCAGAUAUCCAACUCACACGUGCACCUCAUCUUCGUUCUAGACAAGUCUGGCUCGGUGAGCAACCCCGACUUUCGGUUGGGUCUCGAGUUUGUUAAAGAGAUCGUCAAGUCGUUUGAAAGCAAGUACAGCGGAGUGAUCGUUACCAUUAUCGUGUACAGCAAACAUGCCGAACUGAUCGCGAACAAUACCGAUGCAUCAGUAAUCUCUCGAGUCGUGAAAAGUGUGAAACGCAAUACGUACGGACCGACGGCUACUCGACGUGGACUAGACAUGGCAAGAGAUACUCUACUCUACAACAAGGAUUGCUUUGAAUGCAUUCCACCAACAGAAAGGCCACCAGACAAGGACCAUUACACAUACCCUUGCCCUCAAUGUGUCAAAAAUACUGAUUGUCGUACUCUUCUCUUUCUGAUAACCGACGGUAAAUCCAAUUGGGCUGGAGAUCCUCGUAAAGCUGCUCAAUGUCUGAAGCAUAACGGCGUUGAGAUAUUUUCUGUCGGUGUCACGUCUUCUGUCAACAUACCAGAAUUGAGGGAUAUCGCUGCCGAGCCUCUGUCCGACCAUCUCUAUCUAAUUCGAUCGUUUGACGACGCUUUGAAGAUGAUCAAGGUCGAGAAGAAGAGAUUCAAGUGACGAGACGCGACAGUUUGUUGAUGUAGUAGUGACCAGAAAUGGCUGAGACAGCUUAGCGUGCUUCGAUUGUCUGUAGUGCUUUCAUAGUUUGUGUGAUCGUCUCAAAAACGACUGGCUUCUUGUUCAAUAGAGAAGCUCGUAUGCGUUAUAACAAA